AUGCUCGUUCUCUACGAAACCGCUGCUGGUUACGCGCUGUUCAAGCUGCUGGACGACAGCAAGCUCGCGAAGGCUGACGAUCUGUACAAGGACUUUGCCACGCCCGAGUCGGCAAACAAGUCAGUGAAGCUGCAUGCCUUCCACAAGUUUGAGAACACUGUGGAUGCCCUGUCGGCCGUCACUGCCCUGGUUGAGGGCAAGAUCUCGAAGAACCUGAAGGGCUUCCUCACGACCGAUGUGAGCGAGAAGGAGUGGAAGAAGGAGAAGCUGGCUGUCGCCGACUCGAAGCUGGGUAGCGCUAUCUCGAAGAAGCUUGGCAUCAAUGUCGUUGCUGACUCGUCGGUCAACGAGCUGUACCGUGGCAUUCGCAACCAGAUCGAGUCGCUGCUGACCAGCGUCUCAGCCGCAGACAUGGCCGCCAUGGAGCUGGGUCUGUCGCACUCGCUGUCGCGCUAUAAGCUCAAGUUCUCGCCGGACAAGGUUGAUACCAUGAUUGUGCAGGCCAUCUCGCUGCUGGACGACCUGGACAAGGAGCUCAACACAUACGCGAUGCGCGUCAAGGAGUGGUAUGGCUGGCACUUCCCCGAGAUGGGCAAGAUCGUCACCGACAACCUCGCCUACGCCAAGGUCAUCAAGACCGCCGGCUUCCGCUCCAACAUCGGCGAGACCGACCUUGCCGAGAUCCUGCCCGAGGAGAUUGAGGCUGAGAUCAAGGAGGCUGCCGAGAUCUCGAUGGGUACGGAGAUCAGCGACGAGGAUCUGCUCAACAUCACCGCUCUCUGCGACCAGGUCAUCUCGAUCACCGAGUACCGGACGCAGCUGUACGAGUACCUGAAGAACCGCAUGUUCGCCAUUGCGCCCAACCUCACUGCCCUUGUCGGCGAGCUCGUUGGCGCCCGCCUCAUUGCCCACGCUGGCUCGCUCAUGACUCUGGCCAAGUACCCGGCCUCGACCAUCCAGAUCCUUGGUGCCGAGAAGGCGCUGUUCCGUGCCCUCAAGACCAAGCACGAUACUCCCAAGUACGGUCUCAUCUACCACGCGUCGCUUGUCGGCCAGGCUGGCCCCAAGGUCAAGGGCAAGAUCGCCCGUAUCACAGCCACCAAGGCCUCGAUCUCCGUGCGUGUCGACGCUCUCGGCGAGACCGACACCGCCGAGGUUGGAAUUGACAGCCGCGUCAAGGUCGAGAACCGCCUGCGCCAGCUCGAGGGUCGCUUCGCCGCCAAGGCUGCCCGUGCCGACCGCGCAUCGGGUGCCGACAACGGCAGGCAGCAGAAGAAGUUUGAGCGCAAGGAGGCUGCCUCGUACAACACAGCUGUCGAUGCUGUCAUGACCUCGACCGACGAGACCAAGGACAAGAAGAAGCGCAAGUCGGAGGAGUCGGACGCUGAAUCGGAUGCCGAGGAGGACAAGAAGGAGCACAAGAAGUCCAAGAAGGAGAAGAAGGACAAGAAGGAAAAGAAGGACAAGAAAGAAAAGAAAGACAAGAAGGACAAGAAAGAAAAGAAGGACAAGAAGCACAAGAAGGACUAAACCCUAGCUCCGCUUUCUCGUCUAUAUACCUCAAAUACAUCCCAAAAAUCG